AUGUCGAAGCGAAUCAAGCUCCCCGGAGUGGAUGACCUAUUCCAGGAGCGGAACCAGGACCACCAGCAAUUACAGGCUCAACAGCAACAGCAAAGGCAGCAGGUUCAGCAGCAACAACAGCAGCAACAACAACAGAUGCACUUGCAGGCUCAAGCUCAGGCUCAAGUUCAGGCCCAACAGCAGAUACAGCUCCAACUACAGAUCCAGCAUCAACAGCAUCAGCAGCAUCAACAGCUCAUGAGCCCACCGACCCUGUCGGAGAGUCCGCAACCCUCCUCCGGAUCUACACCAGCACAAUCAGCCAUGUACUACAGGCCACCUCCACCACCACCGUUCUAUCUGGAUUAUAGUUCAUAUUCACAGCCGCCUCACCUUCAGCAGCCCCAACAGCAUCCUCCUCUACAACAUCCGCAGUCGCAGCUCAACAUACGACAACCCCAGCCCUACCCUCCGCAUCUACAGCCAAUCGGAGGUGCUCCAAUUUCGGUUCCACCUCCACAGCAAAACCUACCACAUAUACCUCAACAAUUGCCGCAUCAUUACGGGCCACAGGGGAUUCCAAUGGCCCAAUCCCCACAGAUUCCGCCUCAAUUGGGGUAUCCGUAUCCGAUGAUGAGCAUGAAUCUUCCUCCUUACCAGUACGCUGUUCCGUCGCAUCUUCCUCCACAGCCCCAGAUGACGAACUCUGCGGCCAGAGGAAUAUCUCCAAACCCGCUGUUAUCAGUUUCGAAACAGACGAAUGCUUGGAGUGCCGAAGACGACAAGUUACUGCGGAUUCUGAAGGAAGAGAAGAAGUUGGGCUGGAGAGAGAUCUCGUCAUAUUUUCCCACCAGGACCCCAAAUGCCUGUCAAUUUCGCUGGAGAAGAAUCAUAAUUGGAGUUGCUAAUGCUAAUCCUAGUUUUUCCAGUGGUGGAAGCAAUACCGCAAGCAGCGCAAGUUCUGUGAGUGGGCAUACCAGUGGGCCUGCAUCAACGACCUCAAAGGAAAACGGAACGGAUAACGUGAAGAGUGAUGCCGUUACUGAAAAAGAUGUUGACACUACUGCUGUCACUGUGACAGAAGAUGAGACACGAGAACCUACUCCGGAUGAGACUAUUCCCAAGACACACCAGUCGCCUAUAGCGUCAACAGCACCAACAGUGCCAAUGACGCCGACUCCGACGCCUGCUCCGAUUUCUACUACAACUUCGGUUACAAUUGACAAAAUCAGCUCUUUAGAGCAGCCUUCCUCAGUUGAACCUGUAAAAGAGGUUUCUAGUUUGGAGCCCAAAUCGGAGCCGAAACCAGAGUCCAAACCAGAGCCCAAGACGGUAUUGGCUCCUCCCCUGGAACUCAAACCGACAGUCGAGAUUACCGCUGCACUUUCCACGCCGAAGGAAAAAGUGGUCGAGCUUGAGAGCUCCAGCGAGUCACAAUAUACUUCUACUCCUGCUCCUGAGCUCAACUUCAAAAAGAGAUCGUUGAAUGAUUUGCUGAAUUGA